UUCUUCGUUUUCCCAUGGUGUUUAGUGCACUGAGAGUUUCUCCGCGACUACAGAGUUAAGAGGGAAAUUCGAGAUGCCCCAAUUCACCUUCAUAUCUAGAUUCUAGAUUCUAUUGUCUCAGUUCAUCUUCAUUUCUCAAUCCUCAUUAAUCUCCCAAAAACCCAAUUUUUUAAUCUUCGAUUCCGAUAUUUAUCGAGAAAUUAGGACUAGUUUUUGUUGAAUUUUUGGUGCUACAGUUCUAGAAGACAACAUGGGUUUAGCUGGUAAGCUUCAAUGCGUUGAUCUCCGAUCGAGUUUGUUCACUGGUUCAGCAUUUUUAGAUACUCGAAGAACCAGUAUCCGACCUCGUUCCUUCCCAAUUAUGGCCUCACAAAUUCAGACCAGGAGAAGAACUGAUGAGUUUGUUAAACUUAGAACCUUAUUUAACCCUAGAAACAGGAAGAUGAGGGUUUCUGCGGUUGCUGUCGAAACGUCUGUAGCUGACAAUACCGUUGAAGAUAGAGAGUCUCUCUUCUCGGAGACUUCGGGCGAUGGUUAUAAGCAGAACCGAACUAACAAACAUUCGAACAGUGGUGCUUCGAGUGUUUCCUCUGGCGUUAGAUUAGAAAAUAUUAGUAAAACCUACAAAGGAGUGACUGUCCUCAAGGACGUGAGCUGGGAAGUUAAGAAGGGGGAGAAAGUAGGAUUAGUCGGCGUUAAUGGUGCUGGAAAGACGACCCAAUUGAGGAUUAUCGCAGGGCAAGAGGAACCCGAUUCGGGAAAUGUGAUUAAGGCCAAAUCGAACAUGAAGAUUGCGUUUCUGAGUCAAGAAUUCGAGGUUUCUCUGAGCAGAACGGUGAAAGAGGAGUUCAUGAGUGCGUUCAAGGAGGAGAUGGAAAUCGCUGGGAGGAUAGAGAAAGUCCAGAAUGCGCUUGAGAACUCGGCUGAAGACUUGGCGUUCAUGGGGAGGCUUCUCGAUGAAUUGGAUUUGCUUCAGAGGCGAGCGCAAGCCGUUAAUUUAGACGUGGUGGAAGUGAAGAUCAACAAAAUGAUGCCCGAGCUUGGGUUUUCGCCAGAAGAUUCUGACCGGUUGGUGGCGUCGUUCAGUAGUGGAUGGCAAAUGAGGAUGUCGCUGGGGAAAAUCCUACUUCAGGAGCCUGAUUUGUUACUUCUGGAUGAGCCCACUAAUCACCUUGAUCUUGACACGAUAGAGUGGCUUGAAGGUUACCUGAAAAAGCAGAACGUACCUAUGGUCAUGAUAUCUCAUGACAGAGCUUUCCUUGAUCAAUUGUGUACAAAGAUUGUGGAAACUGAUAUGGGUGUAUCCAGAACAUAUGUGGGAAAUUAUUCUGAAUAUGUUGUUGCGAAGGCAGCCUGGAUAGAAGCUCAGAAUGCUGCAUGGGAGAAGCAGCAGAAGGAAAUUGGGAAUACCAAAGACAUGAUAAAUAGGUUAAGUGCUGGAGCAAAUUCUGGCCGUGCAUCCAGUGCAGAAAAGAAACUGGAUAAACUUCAAGAAGGUGAGCAGCAAAUUGAGAAACCGUUCCAGCGGAAACAAAUCAGGUUCAGAUUCCCAGAGCGUGGUAGAAGUGGAUUAUCUGUGAUAACAAUCAAGAACCUGGAAUUUGGUUAUGGGGAUAAGGUUCUUUUUAAGAAGGCCAACCUUAAUAUUCAGAGGGGUGAGAAAAUUGCUAUCAUUGGCCCAAAUGGAUGUGGAAAGAGUACGCUACUUAAAUUGAUAAUGGGAUUGGAGAAGCCGAGAGGUGGGGACGUUCUGAUUGGGGAGCAUAAUGUUCUCCCAAACUAUUUUGAGCAGAACCAGGCUGAAGCACUUGAUUUGGACAAAACAGUGCUAGAAACAGUGGAACAAGUUGCGGAGGAUUGGAGACUUGAUGAUAUAAAAGGACUCUUAGGUCGUUGUAAUUUCAAAUCAGACAUGCUUGAUAGGAAGGUUUCCCUUCUGAGCGGUGGUGAAAAGGCAAGACUUGCUUUUUGCAAGUUCAUGGUUAAGCCAUCUACCGUACUGGUAUUGGAUGAACCAACCAACCACUUGGAUAUUCCAUCAAAAGAGAUGCUUGAGGAGGCAAUAUCGGAAUACAAUGGCACUGUUAUCACUGUUUCUCAUGAUCGAUACUUCAUAAAGCAAAUAGUUAAUAGGGUAGUGGAGGUUAAGGACAACAAUUUACAAGACUAUGCAGGCGACUACAAUUAUUAUCUAGAAAAGAACCUUGAUGCUAGACAAAGGGAACUUGAACGUGAGGCAGAGCUUGAGGAGAAAGCCCCUAAAAUAAAAGCCAAGUCUAAAUUGUCCAAGGCGGAGAAGGAAGCCCGGAAGAAACAGAGAAUGAUGGCAUUUCAGCAAGCAAAAGCAAAGUCAAAAGGUCUGAAAAAUGCAAAACGAUGGAAUUGAUGAACAUUCUUUCUCUGGUUAUUGUGAACAAAACCCGACCUUCUAAUUAACCCUUUGUUGUAAAGGUAAAGUAGCCGCCCAUGAGUUGUUACUGUCAUCCAUGUGUAUAUUACAGAAGUAUGUUAUAUUAAUCAUCCAUUUACUAAAAAUGGGAGUAAAGCAAGUUCUUUCAA